GUCCAUCGGUGUACAGUAUGGGUAUAAGAAUGACAGCCUCGCAAAGCCUUCCUUUGGUUUUCCUUCAAGUUCGUCUCACUGAGUCAAAUGGGUCGUCCUGUCGGAUAUACUUUUGGUCUAGCUGCGUUGGUAGUCACUGCCUUCUGCAUUCGCUUUUUGUACAAGUUCGGCAGUCGCGACAAGCGCCUUCCUCCGGGCCCACCCACCAUCCCGAUCCUUGGAAAUGCCCAUCAGAUCCCCGGCCAAAGUGUAGAGAAAAAGUUCAAGGAAUGGGCAGACAUCUAUGGGCCCAUCUACUCCUUGAAGAUCGGUGCUGGCACACUCAUUAUGCUGAAUGACAAACGCACAGUACAUGAUCUGCUCGACAAAAGAAGCGCGAUAUACUCAGAGCGACCGAAGGAUCAGCAGAUGAUGACGGCCCUCGCGGAGAACUUUGCCUUCUGGGAUGCGAACCCGGCAUGGAGGGCAAGUAGAAAGAUAGCCGCUCAUUUCGUGUCGCCGAAGAAUCUCGACGAAACGGUUAUGGCGGUGCAGGAAGCUGAGGCAAGUCAAUUGAUGCACGACCUGCUGAACACCCCGGAGGAUUUCUUCAACCACGUCAAGAGAGUCACCGCGUCUGUAGCUAGUAUCGUCAUCUUCGGGUUCCGCGCUCCGACACCGGACAGUUUCUGGGCCACUGUAAGCUCUACACCUGGAACUUAUCUUCCCAUUGAACAAUUUCCGAUCCUCAACUACAUUCCUUCCUUUCUUGUGCCCUCUAAGAAACGUGCGAAGACGUGCUUUGACACCGUAAGCUCGAUUUGGGUCGAGGCACAUUCGCAGGUCGUGGCACGCCGUCAAAAGGGUGAUCACCGCGUGUCCCUCGGGGACAGGCUGAUCAGUGGUGAAAUGAAGAGCGACGUCGAAAUGUCCCCACGACAGGAGGCCAACUUUAUUGGCACGCUACAUCAAGGAGCAGCGGACACCACGUCAACUAUGGUGUUGACAAAUAUUCUAUAUCUAGCAAAACACCCCUGGAUACAGAAAAAGGCACAAGAGGAGCUCGAUCGCGUCUGUGGAGAUCACAGAGCGCCCACCUGGGAUGACUUCAAAAACCUGCCUUAUAUCAACUGCAUUGUGAAGGAAAGUAUGAGGAUGCGUCCUGUUCUCCCCACAGGGGUACCUGUCCGCGUGAACCGCGACGACUGGUUCGACGGCUAUCUUAUUCCUAAAGAUUCGGCGGUGUUUUGCCCUGCUUACAAUAUCCACAUGAAUGCUGAUCUCUACCCCGAUCCUCACAACUACAAUCCUGACCGCUACCUGAACCGCCCACUUCUAGCCAUGUCCUAUGCUGGCUCUCCAGAUUAUGAGAAUCGCGACCACUAUUCUUACGGUGCUGGCCGUCGGAUCUGCGUAGGUAUACACCUUGCCGAACGUACGCUGUGGCGCCUCACUGCGCGUCUGCUGUGGGCUUAUUCGAUCAAGCCUGAACUUGAUGAGAAGGGUAAUGAGCUUGAGAUUGAUACGGAUGCGUAUGACGAUGGUCUGUUGUGCUGCCCUAAGCCGUUUAAUGUCAGGUUCGUACCCAGGAGCGAGAAACACGUGGAAGUUAUCAAGAAAGACUUUGAAGCUGUUGAGGAUUACUUGAAGACGUGGGAAUAAGAGGCUGGCUCGCUGCUUCCGUAAUUGUUUGUGGGGUGCAGGAUC